ACCAGCCUGGGGGCUGCUUCCAGGGCCUCUGUCCAUGCUCUGGAAGGCAGAAAGAAGGGAGGAAAAAAAAAAAACACCACCACUUUUUCCUAAAACCACAGCAUACUUUUUAAUUAACAAACUCCAUUGAAUGACUGGUGGCCUCUAGCUGGGGCAAAUGAGUCUGCCCUGUAAGUCGGAGUGGAUGUGAUGCACCGAGCCACAACCAUCUUGCCUAUAAAAAUAUAAAGACUGUGCUUUUCUGGGUACACUUGCAAGAUCCUGGUAGGAGAAGCACAAAUUUGUUUUAUAAGCUAAUCAGAAUCCUGCUGUUCAAUAAUGAGUGAGUAAUUGACAUAUCGCGGCACCGCCAUGCGACACAAUGGCUGGGGAUGCUGAAAUGCUGACAAUUCAAACACGAGCACCCUUGGCCUCAGAAUACCUUUCUCUUAAAAAUGCUCUGCGGAUGGCAACCUCAGAUCUUCCCAUUUUACUUAACAGCCCCUUUUAAAACAAAGGCGACUGCGGUUUUAAGAUCCCGGCUCCCAGGGUGGGCAGAAAACAAACACGCGCCGUGCGCCCGCUGCCACUCUCCCUGCUGGCUCCAUUCUUGGGAACCAGCAGGGGAUGGAGAUUGCGAACCUCCUGCUUUCUGCUGGGCUGGGGGUCCUGUCACCUCCAAUCCCCAUCUCUCCUUGUGACAGCAUUCCCAGCAGCCGGGUGCUUUGUUUGGAGGGGGUUGGAUUUUUAAUACAUACAUCAUCUAUUUAUGCUGCUUUAUCCUCUGCUGUUCCUAUCCUGCUCUAUCCCUAGCCAACCCUUCCUCUCCUUCCCAUUGAUGCUCAAAGACAAGGAUCAUCAAAUCACAGAGUGAUCAAGUUGGAAGGGACCCCAGAGGUGAGAAAAUCACAGAAUGGUCGGGCUGGAAGGGCUCCCAAAGAUGGGAGAAUCACGGAAUAGUUGGGCUGGAGGGGACCUCAAAGAUGGGAGAAUCACAGAACAGUUGGGCUGGAGGGGACCUCAAAGAUGGGAGAAUCACAGAAUAGUUGGGCUGGAGGGGACCUCAAAGAUGGGAGAAUCACAGAAUAGUUGGGCUGGAGGAGACUCCAAAGGCCAUCCAGUUCCAACCCAUCAGAGUGAGCUAGAGAACUCUUCCCAGCAAUUCUGCCUUCACAUCCAGGAACUCAGAAUCUGAAGCUCUCUCCUCUCUGAGACAGAAAAGCAAUCUUCAUUGUAAAUUUCUGCAGGAACAGAGUGAGUACCAGGCAGCUUAUCUUAAAUAGAUUCAGUGCUUAAUUACCCUUUCCUUUUAAAAAUGUGUGCCUUAUUUCCACUUCAAAUGAGGAAGGAAAGUAAUGUUUGCCAUAUCUCCAAAUUAACAGCGUUUGAUCGACCCACGGCUUUAAAAUGAAAUUUUCUGGUGGUGGUUUCUUUCUUUUUUUUUUUCUUUCAAUUUUAUAUGCACACUUCAGUAAGGUGUGUUUUGGGAAGAGGGAAAUCGGUCAGCGUCGGCCUGCUGGGCAAAUUAAUGGUGGGAGCCUCGUGGCUGCUGGGAAUGUUUUCUGAGGUGAGGGAGCUGCUGUGUCAGGGACUGCUGGGCUUGGAAAGGCUGCGUGCAGGUACAUGGCCCUCCCUGCACCCAGAUAAGGAGGUGACUGUGAGCGGUCCUGCAGGGGCGACAGUGGGAGGGAAUGGGAUGGAUUGGGGUCUGGCUGCUGCUUUCCCCCCAAAGCACAUGGAGUCAGGGAGCCCCUGCGUGGAGGAAAGGAGGGCUGGGGCUGCCAAUACAUCACGGCUCUGAGCUGCGUCCCAGCUCAGAGCAGUGGGGGUUGCUUGCAGCACUUGUCCCCAUCACACCGUGUGCCACCAUCACUGGGUCAGGUCGCAGGAAUGUCUCCAAUUAAUCCAGCUCCCCAGUGGCCCUUAAUUGACACCCCAGGCUUCCUCCUCACCCCCUCCCUUCCUGCCAUGUGGUCCCCACCUGCACAUCCACCAAAGCUCUUUUUGCAGCUGUUGGGGACCAGUGACAGUAACCCAGAUUUACUCCUAAAUCCAGAUGCCCCCUGACAGCAGCCUUGUCCUUCUGCACUGAGGAUAGAGCCCUCAAAGUCCCAGAGCCCUAUGCGGGUCGAUGCCCCAGUGAAGACAUGGGGAAACUGAGGCAGAGAGAGUUGGAGGGGCUCUCGGAACAUCAUUGCAGGACACAGGGAGUCCUGUAUGAAGGGACCUGUCCCAUGGUGGGGCCAGCCAGCCUGGCCUGUCCCUUUUAAGCUUUUGGAGCUGUUGCCAGCCUGGCUUAGUGGGGUCCCCAUCCUUUCGACUGGCUGUUCAGCAAAUUAAGAGCUUGCUAUUAGGCUGCUAAUUAAAGGCACUUCAUUAGCAGCAGGGGAGGCAGCUCCUGGCCGCAGCAAAAUUGGAUUCCUCUGAGCUGCCAUGAGCUGCAUCUCUACUCUCUGGGGCUGGGGGCUGCACCCUGGGGCUGGGGGCUCUGCCACCCUGGUCCCAAGAAGGGCAGAUGCCCCCAUUCAUCAGGACACGUAGGUCACCAGCCCUCCUACCAUCAUCACAGCAGAUGGGGCAUAGCUGCCUCGCAGCCCGAUGUGAUGGUGGGGGGCUGAUGGCGGUGCUGGGAGAUGUGGGUACCCCCUUCAACCCUCUGCAUCCAGUCCUGAGGAGCCCCAUUGGGGCAGGGAGUGCCCCAGACUCCUCCUCCACCGCUUUGAAGCCUCCAAUGAGCCCAGGGGACAACACUCAGACUGCCUUUCCUUCUUUUCCUUCCCCUUCCUUCCUUCCAUCUGAAAAUGGGAGAGAAGAGCCAGGCACAGGGUCUGCCUUCCUCCCCUCAUCCUCAGACCGACGAGAAAGGGAUCCCACAGCCCAGCAGGGACAUCAGUGGGCGCCUCACCUGCCCCCUGCUCUCCGUCACCCUCCUGGUAUCCUUCGGCUCCUCCAUGCUCUACGGCUACAACCUGGCCGUGGUGAACUCGCCAGCUGUGCACAUAAAGGCCUUCUACAACGCCACGUGGUCCCAGCGCUAUGGGCACGGGCUGCCCCCUGGCCUCCUCACCCUCCUCUAUUCUCUGACCGUCUCCAUCUUCGCCCUGGGCGGGCUGGGGGGCUCUUUGCUGGUGGGGACUCUGGUGGCACGCUAUGGCAGGUAAGGGGGUGGCACGAGGCAGAUGGGGCCGUAGGGGCUGCCCCACUGCUGUGUGUGCCCCAUAGGCACGGCACGCUGGAACGCAGCGCCCUGCUCGUCCUCCUGGCUGGCGGCCUCAUGGCCUUCAGCCGACAGCUGGCAGCCCCCGAGAUGGUGAUCAUCGGCCGUGCCAUCACCGGGCUGCACUCAGGUAUCUGUCUCAGCGUAGUGCCCCUCUACCUGGGAGAAAUCGCCCCCAAGAACCUGCGGGGCUUCCUGGGCCUCCUGCCCAGCAUCUUUAUCUGCCUGGGGGUGUUCUGCGCACAGGUGCUGGGGCUGCCUGAGCUGCUGGGCCAGGACAGGUACUGGCCUCUGUUCCUAGCAGUAGUGGCCAUACCUGCCUCCCUCCAGCUUCUGCUGCUGCACUGCUUCCCCGAGAGCCCACGGUUCCUGCUGAUAGAGAGGAACGACGUCUGUGGGGCCACUGAGGCGCUGCGCCGGUUCCUGGGGGCAUCUGAUGUGCAGGAGGUGCUGGAGGAGAUGAAGGAGGAGCAGAAAUCCCUCUCCUCGGUGCAGACGGUCUCUGUCCAACAGCUGCUGCGGGACCGCUCGGUGCGCUGGCAGACCCUCUCAGUGGCGGUGGUGAAUGUGGGCAUGCAGCUCUCAGGGAUCGAUGCCAUCUGGUUUUACACCAACACCAUCUUCCAGAAUGCAGGGAUCCCCAAAUCCCAGAUCCCAUAUACCACAGUGGGCACCGGCGCCAUUGAAGUUGUUGCAGGGCUGAUUGGGUGCUUCACCAUUGAGAAGCUGGGCCGGCGGCCCCUCAUCAUCACCGGGUUCUGUGCCAUGGGCACUUGCUUGGCAGGCAUCACCGGCUGCCUGCUUCUUCAGACUGCCCUGCCCUGGAUGCGCUAUGUCGCCGUUGCCUGCGUGGUGGGCAUCAUCGCUGGGUUCUGCAUGGGGCCAGCUGGCGUCCCCUUCCUGAUGACUGCUGAGCUCUUCACGCAGUCCCACCGCUCGGCUGCCUAUGUCCUGGGGGGUUCUCUCAAUUGGCUCUGCAAUUUCACCAUCGGCUUCAUCUUCCCGUUCCUGCAGAUGUCAACCGGUGCCUUUUCCUACUUGGUUUUCUGUGGGGUCUGCCUGCUGGUGGCCCUCUAUGUCUACCUCAUCGUCCCCGAGACCAAGAACAAGACCUUUGUGGAGAUCAGCCGUGUCUUUGCUGCCCGCCAACCCCUCGCCCCGCCGUGCCAUGCGGGAAUGCUGAGGCUCCGUGGAUACGGGGCCAUGGAGAGCAGCCUGGAGGGCUCAAAGCACAGCCUGCCCUGAGCCCCACGUAGUGCUGAGAGGGGAGCAGGGGACAAUGUCAGGUCUCUCUGGAUGUCUUGUCAACCCACAGCCUGACGAUGCACAUGGGAACAGCGACUGGUCCAUAUGGAUCCCUGCUGCCUGGUCCCAACACCAUGGAAGCAGAGCUCACGGCCCCAUAGCAUCCUCCACGUCCCCCUCCCGACUCGGCUGCUCUCGGCAGCAGAACAGAGCGGUAAAUAUGUGCAGCAUUACAUAUGUAUAAUGGAGUGUAAAUAACCCCAAAAAGUGCAUUGUAAAUAGACUCCAAGUUUAUCCUUUAUUAAUGAGGCACUGAGUGCCCUGCUGUUUUAGAGCAGCGAGACUUUCAUAAUAUCAAAACCUAAAUUACACUUGUGUCUCUCAUUCCCAGCAAACGACAGCAUCAUUUCAGGCCUCUUUGCCACUGGUAUUUAUUUAUUCCAGUAUUUAUUUAUCUCUCCCACCCGGCGUGCUGGGCAGCCUGGGAGAUGCCCUGUGCCCUCCCCGGGCAAGCAGUGACCCCUCGACCCCUGCAUGCCAGUGUGACCCACGAGCCCUGCUGUUAUGUUAUACAAUCAUUAAGGUUGGAAGAGACAUCUAACAUCACUGAGUCCAAACAAUCUCCUGCCACCAAUAUUGUCCACUGAACUGGGGCCAAGGCACAGGUUGCCCAGAGAGGUGGUGGGUGGGGACAUCCACUUCCCUGAGACACCCAAGGUCGGGCUGCAUGGGCUCUGAGCACAUGAUGAAGCUGUAGGUGUCCCUGUUCAAUGCAGGAGAAUGGGACCGGAUGGUAUUUGAGAGUUCCUUCAACUCAAACGAUUUGAUAGUUCAAAAUAAUCCUCACGGGCUGGAGAAGUACAGGGCUCCAGCACUGCCCAAACCCACCGAAAGGAUUCAGCCAUACUCAGAGGGCACUGAGGAUGAGGGGAUGACACAGCGACGGUGAGGGAAGGCUUUGAAAAAAUCAGAGGUGUGACAAGGAAGUGACCUCGGUCCUGCGAGGUUACUCACGGCCCUGAUCGGAUCUGUGGAAGCAAAGAUAGAGAUGAUCUUCUCCGGGUGCCUUCCUAUGGUGCCCAGUGCUGAGGGAGGGAGCGUUGGGUGGAGAGGAGAGUGGAGAUCUGUGUCAUUCCAAACCAUAACACAUUUCCUGGGAUCCAACACUCCCCAACCCAAUCUCUCCAAAAGAUGUCUUUAAAAGAUGAGCUAUUCAGAAAACAGCUGUAUAUAUAGAGGCGUGCUUCCCUAUAGAAGGAGAAGGAAGGACCCCGCAUCGGCGGAGCGGGUCGGUGCCGGGGCGCGGGGUGCGCGCCAGCAGAUGGCACUGCCGGGAUUUAUGGCUGCAGCAAGCUGCCUCUCGGAGAGCACUCAUGUAGGAGAUGUCCUAUUAUAUGGGCAGUUGACUUUAAUAGUCAUUGUGUGCUUAAAGCACAGCAAAACAACAGUGGGAAAAAGAAAAAAAAAAAAAAAGAAGGAAAAAAAGAAAAGAAAUCCCCACUCCACUCGGAUGGCCCUUUCCCCCCCAGCCCUGCUAGUCUAUUUGUACAGUAAAUUAAAAAUAUGAAUCACUUCUCUCUACUGCCUCCCCAAACACUCAUCCUGUCAGGCGCUGUGUUGUCUUCAUUUGUAUUACCUUAAUUUAAUGUUAAUUAUGUUCUUCAUUUACAAAGAACACGCGUCCGCACUCCCCGCCGGGGGAUUUUCCACGCUGCUCUCUCUGCAGAGCGGGAGAUUCUGCAGAGUGCAGGGAUGGGGCGGCAGGGCUGCUCUGUGCCCCCACCCCUAUUGCUGCUAUUGCCUCUCGAUUUAUGGAAGCGCAUUUCUGCCGCCGCACCCAAGUCGUGUCCCACCCCUCCCGACCCCCCACCCCCAAUAAAUCCUUCCUACAAGGUGGUCGGCCCACGGAGGGCUGUGAUUUAUGGUGGGAGCACAUUGGGGAUGCAGCGUUGUGUGCCUCAGUUUCCCCAUUGGCUGUUGUGGAAACCCCAAACACCCAGCCUGGGAGAGGGUAGGAUGUCCUGGGAUGUGACGGGCAGAGCUGGGAAGACAGUGGGCAGAACUGGCUGGGAGCACCCACCAAAAGCCCCCAGAUACCCUGCAGAGGUAUUAGAAAUACAGAUAUUAAAUUAAAAAUCUGCCCAAACCUUCUUAUUCUGUGUUAUUGCCCAAAGAAUAGAAAAGAACUGAAAAUGACAGCCCCCUCAUGAAGACCCAUGACCCCAAGCACCUUUCUCCCUAUCCCCACCCCCAGUUUCCAUAGAAACAGCCAAAAAUUGGGGGGCAAAGCCCCGAGCACCCCAACCACAAAUUAUCGGCAGCUGCAGGCCGGGGUCAGGUCCCUGGUGGGGGACAUGGGGGGUUUCCCCUCCCUCCCACCAUCCCAUGGGGCUGAGGCUGCUCACUUCAUCACACCAACGUCUCCAAUGAGCCCUGGCACAAACCCUUGGGGUGGGACAUGGGGGGACCAUCCCACUUAUCCCCUCCCCUCUUACAGAAGACCUUUCUGCUGAUUCCCAGCCCCAAAUGCUAUCCAGGAGAUGCUGUGUCCUCCAGCAGAAAGCCACAGCCGUGUCCCCAUGCAUUGUCACUCUCAUGCCAA